CGUCCCUCUCUCCUCCGUCCUCCGCCGGCGAAGAUGGACCGCCACCGCCUCCUCCUCCUCCUCCUCCACGUCCUGGCGGCGAUCGCCGUCACCGCCGCCGCCACCGCCGCCGCCGCCGACGGCGACACGAUCUACGACCACCUCCGGCGCUACGGCCUCCCCAUCGGCCUCCUCCCCAAGGGCAUCACCGACUACGCCGUCGACCCGGCCACGGGCGAGUUCCGGGUCGGCCUGGCGCAGCCCUGCAACGCGCGGUUCGAGAACGAGGUCCACUACGACCUCAACGUCACCGGCACCCUCCGGUUCGGCGAGAUCGGCGGGCUUUCCGGGGUGUCAGCCCAGGAGCUCUUCCUGUGGUUCCCGGUCAAGGGCAUCCGCGUCGACGUCCCCAGCUCCGGCGUCAUCCACUUCGACGUCGGCGUCGCCGACAAGCAGUUCUCCCUCUCCCUCUUCGAGUCCCCUCCCGAUUGCACCGCCGCCGGGCCCGGCGGCGACGAUCCCCAGCUGCUCUCUCUGCAUGUCCAGGAGAGCAUACUAAAGGCGGUCUCUUAGGUGGUGACCAGAAUAUGGGAACAAUAUAUGAUAGCUCAGUUGCUUAUGGACCCGAGUUUGUGAGAAGUCUGCUUUGAUAGGUCUAUGCUUUGAUGUACAUGUGCUUAGUGCUUUCAUGUGGACUUUGGGGCCGAAUCUUUAAAAAAGGAAUUGUGGCUAUUUUUGCAAAGAGGAGAGAGAAUGGGGUAUGUAAAAAUGAGGAGGAGAUGGGGUCUGGUGAUCUGGUGGUCCGGUCAUUUCGUUUUGGCUUUAAUAAUGAUUUCGGGGCUUAGCCUCUGUAUCUUGUGAUUAAACAGACAGGACAAUAUUAUUCUCAUGUCAUCUGUAUAUGAGGAGAACUGUUGGUUCAUUAUAA